AUGGCAUUCACAAAUCUUCCUCCCAACUUUGAAAUCUCUCCGGAUGGUUCACAUGCAGUAUUAACAGUACCCUUAGAAAAAUCCGAUAACGAUGAUAGAAAUUAUAAAUUAAUUCGCUUAAGUAAUGAUUUAGAAGCAUUACUUAUUCAAGAUGUUAAUACCGAUAAAUCUGGAGCAGCAUUAGAUGUUCAUGUAGGAAAUUUAUGUGAUCCGGAUACUUUACCAGGAUUAGCUCAUUUCUGUGAACAUCUAUUGUUUAUGUAUUUAUCUAAAAAUGCUGGACAUUCCAAUGCCUACACUUCAACAGAUAACACAAAUUUUUAUUUUGAAGUUGGUAAAGAACAUUUGGAAGGUGCUCUUGACAGAUUUUCUCAAUUCUUUAUAUCUCCUUUGUUUGAUCCAAAUUGUAAAGAUCGAGAAAUAAAAGCUGUAGAUUCAGAAAAUAAGAAAAAUCUGCAAGAUGAUGGGCGAAGAAUUAAUCAAAUUUUAAAAAGUGUAUUAUCCAAUCCUCAUCAUCCAUAUAGUCGAUUUGCUUCAGGAAAUUUAUUAUCUUUAGGAAAUAAUGCAAUCGAACAAGGAAUUGAUGUGAGAGAUGAACUUUUAAAAUGGUAUGAUAAAUAUUACUCAGCAAAUUGUAUGAAAUUAUGUGUGUUGGGAUGUGAAUCAUUGGAUCAAUUAACUCAAUGGGUUGUGGAAAAAUUUUCAGUUUGGCCACUUCCAGACACCAGAGAAUAUUAUGAAUCCAAACCAGUCAGUUAUUAUUCACAUUUGAUUUCACACGAAGGAUGGGCAAAUAAAUUUUAUGUUAGUACAGGUGAUGGAGCUAUUGGUUUUUCCUUCUUUAAAGCUACCAUGUCACUUACUCCGGAAGGUUUAGAUAAUUAUCGUGAAGUAAUAAAAGUUGUUUUUCAAUAUAUUAAGAUGAUUCAAGAAUCAAAAUGGAUUUUUCGCGAGGAUCAAGAUAUUCGAAAUAUUAAAUUUAGGUUCGCUGAAAAACUAAGUUCGCCGGCGAAGUAUGCUUCAACUUUAGCAUCAAAUAUUCAAUUACCAACUAAACGUGAAUGUGUUAUUUCUGCACCUUAUUUAAUUAAAAAAUAUGAACCAAAAUUAAUUAAGAACUUCAUGGAUUUAUUGCGUACCGAUAAUUUUGUUCUUAUUUUGAUUAGUCAGACAUUUAAUGAUUUAGAUAAAAGAGAAAAAUGGUUUGGAACAGAAUAUAAACUUGAAAAAAUUGAUCCGAAAUUUCUUGAGGAAUUAAAAAAUUUGGACAGUAAUCCAGAACUAAAAAUUCCACCUCGAAAUGAAUUUAUUCCAACGAAUUUCGAAACUCAUAAGCAAGAAGUUGUCACACCUAUUGCACAACCCUAUUUAAUUAAACAAACUCCACUUACUAAAGUGUGGCAUAAAAAAGAUGAUACAUUUUGGGUACCAAAAGCUUUUGUUAGAAUCAUUUUACGAAGUCCUUUAGCUUAUCCUACUCCAUCACAUAGUGUUAAAACAGGAUUAUAUAUUGAUUUACUAAAUGAUGCUUUAACCGAAUAUUCGUAUGACGCUGAUUUAGCAGGUUUAAGUUAUAAUAUUGGUAAUAAUAACUACGAAGGAAUUAUCAUAUCGUUACAAGGAUUUAAUGAUAAACUUCCAGUAUUAUUAGAAAAAAUUAUUCAUGAAAUGAAGAAUUUUAAAGUUGAUCCUAAAAGAUUUGAGAUAAUUAAAGAACAAGUUGAAAGAGGUUAUCGUAAUUCAUUUUUAAAUCCUCCUUAUAGUCACUCGGCUUUUCAUAUUUAUUACAUGACACAUUCUAAAAUCUGGACAAUCGAAGAAUGUUUAGAAGCGUUAAAAGAUAUAACUUCACAAGAUAUUCAAGAAUUUUAUCCUAAAUUAUUAAGUUACUUACAUAUUGAAACUUUUUCACAUGGAAAUUUAUUUAAAGAAGAAGCAUUAAAAUUAAAUCAAAUAGUAGAAGAUAUUCUUCAAUCAAAAUCUUUGUCCCCUUCUCAAUUAAUCAGUGAUCGAGCUACAAUUUUACCUCCAGGAAAGAGAUAUGUUUAUCAACGUGAUGUAUAUGAUUCACAAGAUAUUAAUUCGGCAAUCGAAUAUUAUGUUCAAGUGGGAGAUUUAAUGGAUGUAAAUUUAAGAGCGAAAUUAAGUUUAUUAGCACAAAUCACCAAAGAACCAUAUUUUGAUCAAAUUAGAACUAAAGAACAAUUAGGGUAUUUGACUCAUAGUGGAUGGAGAAUAGAUAUUUUAUCUAUGGGAUUUAGAUUCAUAAUUCAAAGUGUGAAAGAUACUGUCCACUUGGAAAAUCGAAUUGAAGCUUUCUUGGAUAAAUUACUGAAUAUAAUUGAGGAAAUGACAGAAGAAGAUUAUCAAAAAGAGAAGGAAUCACUUAUAGUUAAGAAAUUAGAAAAGCCAAAGAAUUUAUAUAAAGAAUCAAGAGAAUAUUGGGAGCAUAUUAAAUCUGGACUUUAUGAUUUUGAUAGAAUUAAUAUCGAUGUUGCCGAAUUGCGUAAAAUUACCAAAUCCGAAGUAUUGGAAUUUCUUAAAAAUGUUGUUCACCCAGCAUCUCCAAAUCAAAAGAAAUUAUCUAUUCACAUGAGAUCACAAAAAAUAUCCUCUUCACCUCAAACAAUGAUGCAAAUGCCAAAAAAACCAAUGAAAAAUCCAGACGAAGGUCAUGUAGAGGAUCAUGCAAAGGUUCAGGUUCACUUAGAAGAUGUUUUGGAAUUAGAAUUAAAACCUGAUAAUGAAUAUGUUGAUGAUAUUGUUAAAUGGAAAAGUAAUAAGAAAUUAGGUCCAGCUCCUACACCUGUAUUGACUAUUGAUAAGAUCAUGGGAAUAAUUUAUUAA